AUGCACCAUGGUAAUGGUCCUCAGAAUGCCCAACGCCAGCUCCAGAGGUCCAGGUCCUUCACAGGCAGUGAGGGAGAAGAGCAACAGGCAAAUUUACCCCAGUCCCCUGCAGCUUCUUUUGCACCUUCUGCAAGUCCAUCUGCACCCCAGUCCCCCAGUUACCAAAUACAGCAAUUUAUAAUGAGUCGAAGUCCAGUAGCUGGGCAGAAUGUGAACAUCACGCUGCAAAACGUUGGACCAGUGGCUUCAGGAAACCAGCAGAUAACGCUUACCCCAUUGCCAAUUCCAAACCCAACAUCACCGAGUUUUCAGUUCAGUCCUCAGCAGAGGCGGUUUGAGCAUGGAUCCCCAUCGUAUAUUCAAGUUACAUCACCGCUGCCUCAACAAGUUCAGUCUCAAAGCCCUACACAGCCUAAUCCUGUGCCCGUGCAAACGUUACCGAAUGUUCGGGCAGGCACUCCAGGCCCUGGCUUGGGUAUGUGCAGCCAGAGCCCUACUAGAGGAUUUGUAGAUGCUAGUGUGCUUGUGAGACAAAUCAGCUUGAGUCCUUCAAAUGGCGGACACUUCGUUUAUCAAGAAGGACCGGGAAUUGCACAAAUUGCUCAAGGAGCUGCUGCACAAGUACAGCUUCCAUCUUCUGGGACACCUGCCACGGUAAGGGAACGCAGGCUUUCACAACCUCAUUCGCAGUCUGGUGGCACCAUACAUCAUCUCGGUCCUCAAAGUCCUGUAGCUAGCGGAGCAAAUAUGCAAUCUUUGACUAGCCCGGGCCAUAUUACGACGACCAGCUUGCCACCCCAAAUCAGCAAUAUUAUCCAAGGGCAGCUUAUGCAACAGCAGCAGCAAGUGCUUCAGGGACAGCAGCUGGGUAGACCCAUCGGUUAUGACAGGACUUCUGGUGGAUUGAUAGCAGGAGUUGGAGGACCUAGUGCAUUUGGAAUGACAUCACCACCUCCUCCCACAAGUCCUUCACGGGCCACUGUACCACAGGGGCUGUCGAGUCUUCCUCUUACUCCUACAGUUAAUACGGCAGUGAAAAAACAACCCAAAAAAUUGGAGGAGAUUCCUCCUGCCAACCAAGAGACUGCUCAAAUGAGAAAACAAUGUUUGGAUCAUCACCACAAGCAGAUGGAAAUUCUUAAGGAAACUUUUAAGGAAUGUUUGAUUGAACUGUUUUUCCUGCAACAUCUUCAAGGGAAUAUGAUGGACUUUUUAGCCUUUAAGAAGAAACAUUGUGUUCCACUGCAAGCAUACCUGAGACAAAAUGACUUGGAUCUGGAGGAAGAAGAAGAGGAAGAACAAUCUGAGGUCAUCAAUGAUGAGCAGCAAACGCAUACAGGGACUCCAGUAACAGCGACUGUGAACACCAUAGAAAUUGAAGCUUUUAAGAGACAGCAGGCACUUGCACCAGCAGGUAUGUUCCAUUCGUCUAAGAGACCACGAAUUGAAGUGGGCCGUCAUGGGAUGGUUUUUCAGCACCCGGGUGUGGCUUCAGGAGUUCCUCUUCAACAGCUAAUGCCAACGGCACAAGGUGGAAUGCCUCCCACUCCUCAAACUGUACAGCUGACUGGACAGAAACAGAGUCAACAACAGUAUGACCCGUCUAAAGGCCCUCCUGUUCAGAACGCAGCAAGUCUGCAUACACCUCCACCGCAACUGCCAGGGAGACUGCAACCUGCAAAUGUCCCCAUGACGUCUCUCCCAGCUGCGCUGCAGCUUUCACAGCAGCAACCACAGAUGGUGGAAUCUCCAGCUCAGCCUCAGAUUCAGGUGAAGAUCCAGCCUCAAAGUGUACCCCUGACUUCUGCUCCACUUCCAGCACCACUUCAACAGCAGGUGCCACCAGCAAUCCAUGUGCAAGGACAGACACCAAACCAAGUGUCACAGCCACAAGCUACAAUACAGCAACAGACUGUGACUCUGACACGACCAUCUGUAGAUCCUGCUCAGACUUCUCAGCGCCUUACGGCAAAUACACUACCGCCUACCUCAUCCGUUGCACCAGCAACUAUCUCAGGCACAACACCGCCUUCUACAUAUCCAGUACAAACAAACAGGACCUCUCCAGCAACUAACAAGUCCUUGUCUCCUAUUGCAUCAAAACCCCCAGGCUUAGCAGUAGCAGCAGCAGCACCUAAAACACAAAGUCCAGCUCAGAAUGCAGCAGUAUUACCACAGGAAAACUCUCAAGACAAGCUUGCUGAGCAAGUAAAGCUGGAAAAUCAAAUCCAUCAGCGAAUAGCAGAACUGAGAAAGGAAGGUUUAUGGUCCCUGAGGCGACUGCCUAAACUCCAAGAGGCUCCAAGACCAAAAUCUCACUGGGAUUAUUUGCUGGAAGAAAUGCAGUGGAUGGCAACUGAUUUUGCCCAAGAGAGAAAGUGGAAGAUGGCAACUGCUAAGAAGAUGGUAAGAACUGUGGCUCGUUAUCAUGAAGAGAAGAAACAUAAUGAAGAGCGAGCUAAAAGGGAAGAACAAAACAAACUAAGGCGAAUUGCUGCAUCAAUUGCUAGAGAAAUAGAAUACUUCUGGUCUAACAUUGAACAGGUUGUUGAAAUAAAACUGCAGAUUGAAUUUCAAGAGAAAAGGAAAAAAGCUUUGAAUUUAAAGAGAAUUUCAAGGAAAGGUAAUUGUAUUCCAUUUCAUAAGAAAUCCAGUAUAAAUUCUGAUGCUAUUGGUUCUUCAUCAUCUGGAAGGAAAAGAAAGGCAAGCAUAUCUUUGACUGAUGAGGAAGUUGAAGAUGAAGAAGAAACAAUUGAAGAACAAGAAGCUAAAGAAGGAAACAUAAAUCAUCAAACUGAAUUGUCUAAUCUAGCCAAAGAAGCUGAAUUGCCUCUGGAAGAUUUACUAAAGAUGUAUGAAGGUGCCUUUGCAGAAAAUUUUCACUGGCCCCAGCCAAAGCCUGACAGUGAAGAGGAUAGCAGUGAGGAAGAAAUGGAAGACCAUAUCUCUGACAGGGAAAGUCCUCAGAAAGAAGUUGUCCUCAUAGACUCCCUUCUCAGCAUUGAUCAGUACAAGGGUAUAGACAGAUCAAGUCCUCCAAAGAAGCAUACGCGAGACAUAGCAGAAGUUGCUGCUGCAGCAGAAAUGCUGUUACCUAAAGGCAGCUCUAGGAUAACAACAGCGGUAAAAUACAAUACUCCAUCGCUACUGUAUGGGCCUCUCAGAGAAUAUCAAAAGAUUGGGCUGGAUUGGUUAGCAAAGCUGUACAGGAAGAAUCUCAAUGGCAUUCUGGCAGAUGAGGCUGGGCUUGGAAAAACAGUACAAAUUAUUGCCUUUUUUGCCCACUUGGCUUGUAAUGAAGGUAAUUGGGGCCCUCAUCUUGUUGUUGUACGGAGCUGUAACAUAUUGAAAUGGGAGCUGGAAUUGAAGCGCUGGUGCCCGGGGUUGAAAAUACUUCUCUACUUUGGCAGCCAAAGGGAACUUAGGGCAAAAAGACAGGAAUGGACAGAACCCAACAGCUUCAAUGUGUGUAUCACUUCCUACAAACAGCUGUUCAAAGGCCACCCAGCAUUUAUGAAAAUGCGAUGGAAAUACUUAAUAGUAGAUGAGAUGCAACAAAUAAAGAACAUGACUGAGAAACACUGGGAGGCACUUUUCAGUCUCCGCAGCCAGCAUCGUUUGCUUCUGAUAGACACUCCUUUGCAUAACACAUUGAUGGAGUUGUGGACCAUGGUACAUUUUCUGAUUCCGGGAAUUUCCAGACCUUACCUAGAUUUUCCAGUAAAAGCAGCUAAUGAGGAGAACCAAGAUUAUUGCCAUAAACUGGUCAUCAGGUUACACAGAAUGAUUCAGCCAUUUAUUUUGAGAAGAUCAAAGAGAGAUGUUGAAAAGCAGCUAACAAAGAAAUAUGAACAUGUGCUAAAGUGUCGUCUUUCUAGUCGACAAAAAGCUAUGUAUGAAGAUGUCAUAUUACAACCAGGAACCCAAGAAGCUCUCAAAAGUGGACACUUCAUCAGUGUCCUGCAUGUCCUGAUGCAGCUGCAACGGAUUUGUAACCACCCUGAUCUGAUAAACCCCCGGCUUUCAAGUACCUCUUAUGUAUCAGAAACACUGGAAUACAGAACUGCGUCUCUGGUACUGAGUGCCCUAGAAAGGGAUAUUUGGAAGGAAUCGGACCUGUCUCUCUUUGAUCUAAUUGGAAUGGAAAACAAAAUGACUCAUUAUGAAGCACAAAUGUUGCCGAAACAAAAGGUUACUAGAAAGUUGAUUGAAGAAAUCUACAGCUCCCCUCCACCACCGGCUAGGCCCAAUCCGGUGAAGCUCAAACCAAGCAGGUUGUUUCAACCCGUUCAGUACGGUCAGAAACCUGAGGGCAGGACUGUAGUUUUCCCAAGCACUCAAAUACAACGUACGGUGACCACAGCGACGGUAACUCAACAGGGACAAGUACGAGGAAGAUCGCCCAUAGCUACGGUGUCUUCAAAUCAAGCCGCAGCAACACAGUUUCAGACAACUCAGGCUUCCACCAGUGCUCCAAGACACCAGCCCGCAGCGACCUUCACCACAGCAACUAGCACAGCCAACCCUGUGAAACCGCGGGGCCAGACCUCUGCGCAGGCCUCUCAGCUAGGCCAGGCCCAGCCACAGGCCCCCUCGCACACCAUCCAACAGAGUGUGCUGCCUCAGAGGCUGGUACUGACCUCUCAGGCCCAGGCACGGUUGCCUAGUGGUGAGGUAGUAAAAAUAGCCCAGCUGGCUUCUAUAGCAGGAGCACAAGGCAGAAUCGCUCAACCAGAGACCCCUGUAACACUGCAAUUCCAAGGGAACAAGUUCACUUUAUCACAUAGUCAACUUCGCCAGCUCACUGCAGGGCAGCCCUUGCAGUUACAAGGAAGUGUUCUUCAGAUUGUUUCAGCACCCGGUCAGCAAUAUUUGAGACCUCAGGGUCCGGUUGUCAUGCAGACGGUUUCCCAAGCAGGAACUGUUCAGAACGCUCUGAACGCUUUAGGAAACCAGCAUCAAGCAGGUGUCCCAACUUCCACAGCAGUGACACAGCAAGUUUGUAUUCCAGGUAGAACUGCAGUUACUAAUUUGUCAUCUGGCGACAUGGGAACAGCGUUAAAACCAGCACCUACACAUGGACAAUUGCAGGAAACAUAUGAAGAAAAGAACCGGCUUCUGAAGGAGCGCCUGGACAGAAUAUUUUCUGGCAAUGAGCGCCGCUGUUCACGGGCCCCGGUAUAUGGCAGAGACUUGCUGAGUGUUUGUUCUUUGACUGGUGAAAGAAAGCCCUCUCGGCUGUCUUCCAGUGAAGACAGCAGUUGGAGGUGGGCUGGCUUUGUGAACUGUUGCCUUUCUUCAAGUGCCUCCGGAGGCCCAAGUAACCCAUUGCAAGAAAUGAUCCUGACUUUGGUUCAGCAACAAGAAUCUCUAAAGGAUGUUGUUAACAGGGCUCUCUUCGUAUUGCCAGCUGCAGUUGCUGCUCCCCCAUGUUUGUAUGUAGCAAAUCCCUCCCCUUCAUAUAGUCACAGAUUGAAACUCCUUAAGCACAGUCUUAAGCAGAAGGCAGGUCCACAUUUGCAUCAGUUGCAACAGAUUACAAGUCCUCACUUGCUACAGUUCCCUGACCUCCGGCUGGUGCAGUAUGACUCAGGAAAAUUAGAAGCUCUUGCUGUCUUGCUUCAAAAGUUGAAAUCUGAAGGACGCCGUGUGCUGAUUUUGUCACAAAUGAUUCUGAUGUUGGACAUACUGGAGUUGUUUCUGAAUUUCCAUUUCCUCACGUUUGUGAGGAUUGAUGAAUAUGCUAACCACGAACAACGGCAGGAGCUGAUGAAAAUUUUCAACAGAGACAAGCGCAUUUUCUGUGCCAUCCUUUCCUCUCACAGUCGUUCCACUGGAGUCAAUCUUGUUGAAGCAGACACUGUUGUGUUCUAUGACAAUGAUCUAAACCCAGUGAUGGAUGCAAAAGCUCAGGAAUGGUGUGACAGAAUUGGGAGAUGUAAAGAUAUCCAUAUAUACAGGCUUGUCAGUGGUAAUUCUGUAGAAGAGAAGCUUUUGAAAAACGGCACAAAGGACUUGAUCAGAGAAGUAGCUGCUCAGGGAAAUGACUAUUCAAUGGCCUUUUUAACACAGCAAACGAUUCAGGAAUUGUUUGAGGUUCAUUCUCCUAUGGAGGAUUCUGGAUUUAGAGUGAAAGCAGAAGAAUUUGUAGUACUUUCUCAAGAGCCAUCUCCAGCAGAAAAUAUUUCACCUAAAGUUGCAAGACCUUUCAUAGAGGCCCUCAACAGCAUUGAACAAGAGGAUGAGGAGUCAAAUGAUUGUGUACAAGAAAUAGGACCUGAGUCAAGCAUCGAACCUUUAAUCACAGAGCUCUGCGAGACAAAAUACAAUGAAGAGCCUUCACAGCUGCAGGAGUUAGUUGCUGUUGUGGAUCAGCUCACUCCAAUUGAGAAGUAUGCUUUGAAUUAUUUAGAGCUCUUCCAUGUUUCGGUUGAUGAGAAUGAGCCACGGUUGAAUGAGAUGGAAUUGAAAACUGCAAAGAAAGCAUGGGAAGUCCAGCACAUGAAGCAGUUAAAGGAAAAAGAGCAAAAAAUGCUUUGGGAGGAUGAAGAGGAACUUCUAACGUACACUCGGGAGGAUGCAUACAACAAAGAAUAUGUCUAUGAAGGUCCAGAUGGACAAACCGAAAUAAUGCCACUUUGGACGCCUCCCACUCCACCUCAGGAUGACAACGAUAUCUACAUAGAUUCUGUUAUGUGCCUGAUGUAUGAUACCACCCCUAUUCCAGAAUCAAAGUUGCCUCCAGUGUAUGUCAGGAAGGAACGUAAACGACACAAAACAGAUCCAUCUGCUGCAGGUAGGAAGAAAAAGCAACGUCAUGGAGAGACAGUUAUUCCACCUCGUUCACUUUUUGAUCGAGCAACUCCAGGAAUGUUGAAAAUGCGCCGAGAGGGCAAAGAGCAAAAGAAAAACAUUUUGUUGAAACAGCAAACGCAGUUUGCAAAGCCUUUGCCGACUCUUGUCAAACCAGCUGCUGAGGCUGGACAGGAUAACCCAGAGUGGUUGAUCAGUGAAGACUGGGCACUUCUGCAGGCAGUGAAGCAGCUGCUGGAGCUUCCUUUAAAUCUUGCUGUUGUAUCGCCAGCACACACUCCCAAUUGGGACCUUGUUAGUGAUGUUGUUAACUCAUGCAGCAGAGUCUAUCGCUCACCAAAACAAUGCCGAAACAGAUAUGAAAAUGUCAUUAUUCCAAGGGAAGAAGGAAAGACUAAAAACAGUCGCCCACUUCGUACCAAUCAGAUCUAUGCUCAAGAUGAGGGUGCCACCCACACGCAACUUUAUACUAAUCAUUUUGAGAUGAUGAAAAUGAUUGCAGGGAAAAGAAGUCCACCUAUCAAACCUCUACUUGGCAUGAAUCCUUUCCAGAAGAAUCCAAAGCAUGCAUCAGUGCUUGCAGAAAGUGGAAUCAACUAUGAUAAGCCGCUUCCUCCAAUUCAAGUUGCAUCCCUCCGAGCAGAACGUAUUGCAAAAGAGAAAAAGGCUUUGGCUGAACAGCAGAGGGCACAGCAACAGACAGGUCCACAGCCUCAGCAGCAGCAAGCUGGCCAGCAGCAAGCUCAGCAACCAGCUGUACAGCAAGCACAAGCCCAACCUCAGCCGCAGGCUCAGGCACAGGUAGUUCAGCAGCCACAGGCAGUAGUGCAGACUGCAGUAACUACUGUGGCCAACACAGCAGUAUUGGCGGGCACAAUCAAAACAGCGGUUACGGGGACAAGUAUACAGACUGCUACAGUGAGUGGAAAUGUCAUAGUGAAUACCGUUGCGGGAGUCCCUGCUGCUACCUUUCAGCCCAUCAAUAAACGUCUGGCUUCACCAGUUAUACCUGGAACGUUGACUACUUCGGGAGGCACUGCAACUGCACAGGUGGUACACACCCAGCAGCGAACUGCGGCAGCACCUGCUGCUUCCACAGAACUGGUGACCAUAGCAUCUACCCAGGGAGUUCGUGCAGUAACAUCAGUGACGGCAUCAGCAGUAGUAACUACAAACUUAACACCCGUGCAGACCCAGACGAGAUCUUUGGUGACUCAGGUUACACCAGCUACACCAACAGUCCAGCUGUCUGGCAAAACAAUCACCCCUGCUCACUUCCAGCUUCUGAGGCAACAGCAGCAGCAGGCUGCUCAGGUGCAGGUCCCACAGAUUCAGGCUCAGGCACAAACCCAGUCUCCAGCUCAAAUAAAAACUGUAGGGAAAUUGUCACAGGAGCAGCUGAUCAAGUUGCAGAAGCAGAAACUGCAGCUUCCCCAGCAGCAGGCAGCGCAGCAGACACAGCAAGGGACACAACAGCAAACAGCACAAGUACAAGUGCAACAGCAACAGCAAACUCAACAACUCACUGCUGUUACUGCACCUCGUCCUGGUGCAGUUCUCACAGGCACUACUGUGACAAACCUGCAAGUUGCUCGUCUUACUCGUGUUCCUGCUUCCCAGCUUCAAGCACAAGGACAGAUCCAGGCCCAAACUCCGCAAGCAGCACAGGUUGCUUUGGCGAAGCCUCCAGUGGUGUCUGUUCCAGCUGCUGUUGUGUCAUCUGCGGGUGUCACUACGCUCCCUGUUACUGUUGCCGGCAUUAGUGUUGCCAUUGGGCAGCCACAGAAGGCAGCAGGCCAGACGGUAGUUGCACAGCCACUGCAUGUCCAGCAGCUUCUAAAACUCAAGCAUCAUCAAGCAGCACAGCAACAGAAAGCUAUCCAGCCUCAGGUUGCACAGGGUCAAGCUACUGUGCAGCAAAAGAUAAAUGCUCAACAGGUUACGGUCCAAACCCAACAGCAGACUUCACAGCAACAAAAAGUAACUUACACUACGCAGCCUGCCAUUAAAACACAGUUCUUAACAACUCCAAUUUCCCAAACCCAGAAACCAGGUGGAACCCAGCAAGUACAGGCCCAGAUUCAGGUUGCAAAACUUCCACAAGUGGUCCAGCAACAGGCUGCUGUUGCGAACAUUCAACAGAUGGUUUCAGUUUCCCAACAGGUAGCUCAACCCCAAACUGUGACACUUUCUCAGACGACAGCAGGUCAACAGCAGGUUCAGGUGAUUCCUGCAACAACUGCUACUGCUCAGGUCGUCCAGCAGAAACUGAUACAACAGCAAGUCGUGACAACAGCAUCUCCCCAGAUCCAGGCUCCAGGUGUACAGAAUCCAGCCCAGACACCAGCAACAUCUGAAGCCCAGAAUCAGCAAGCAAAAGUACAAAUGAGGACACCUACUGUCAGAUUAAAGGCACCUACCAAACCAAGUUGAACUAAUUAUUAAAAUGCAGUAACAGGGAAACACAGCAUUUCUUGUUUGCUAAGCCAAGUGAGAAGCUACUCCAAACAUCCAAAUGAAGACAAACCACCUCUAUUUUUUUUUUUUUAUUAGCAGAAGGUUUUUUGCUGGUGAACAUUUAAACAUGGACACUCUCAUAUAACUUCAGCAUAUUAGCAACUGUUUAGCACCCAAAACUUGUACAGGAUGCAUUCUGCCAGUUUUCUCUGUGCUCAUUCAAACCAGAUAAAGCAAACAUUACUUACAUUUAAAUUCUGCCCAGCUUCACGAAAGUAAAAAGGUAAUAUGCCAUAAAUGUCAGUAAAAUUCAUCUAUGUUAGUAUACCACAAACUGCCCGUGGGAAUAUGCAGUUCUUUGCUAUAGUUUGGAUGUGCGCUCAGUAUCCAUGGUGAAGCCGUUCAAAGAACCAAGUGUGGCUAAUAUAGCAAAGUGUUUUCCAUCUGUAUAAAAGCUGCAU